AUGCCUAAACGUAGUGGAUCAGGUGGUAGUUCAGAUGAAUUUGAACCUGAAUUAAAUUUCAAUAAGGAUGGAGACAAUAAGAAAUCAAAACAAAAUAAUUUACCAACAUCAUCAGGAAUUUCAGGUUUAAUUAGAAAUCAACCACUUAUUCAUACUCGUCAAACACCUUCAGAAACUAAACCUAAUGUAAAUAGUACAACCCCGUCCAUGACAACAAACGGUAAGAACACAUCAGAUGCGCAACCAGCAAAAGCAAAUGAAUCAGAUAUUAAUGAUAAAAAGAAGCCUAAUUCACAACCACCACCCAAACAACGUCCACCAGAAGCUCCUCGUCGUACUAGUGAUUCAGAAAUUAAAGCUUCAUAUACAACACCUAGUGAUGGUACACCACGUAAAGCACCAUAUUUACCUUAUAUUCGUCCAAGAAAUCGUCAGAAACCUGUUGCAGAAUCUCGUCCUUCAAGACAAACUAAAAGUGAUGCUGAACAACGUGUAUCAUCUGCUCAAGAUGAAAAAUUAAAAGAUCUUCGAUCUCGUUUAUUACUAAUACGACAACAAUUAGAAGAAGAACGUAUUGAGAGUAAAACCUUACGUAAAAUUAAAAAACGUGAAGAAAAAUCUUUACAAAACUAUGAAGAUCAAGAAUAUUCUGCACGUAAAGUUGCUCAAGAGUAUCAGAAUGAAAUUGAAUAUUAUAAAACACAAAUUCAUGAUGAAAAAGAAGCUAAAAUGGCUAUUCAAAAAGAAGCUGAUGAACGUGAUCAAACAUUACGUGAUCAAACAAAACGUGUCAAAUUUUAUGAAAAAUUAAUAGCCAAUGAAGAUGAUUAUGAUGAUUAUGAUGAUUUACGUGAACGAUUUAAAGAAACUGAUAAAAAUUUAAAAAAAUUUGAAGAAAAAAUUUCAAAACAAGAAAAAUAUAUUCAAAAUCUUGAACAAAAAUAUCGUCAAGAGAUUACACAAGAAUUAAUAAAACGACGUGAACUUAAAAAUGACAUAGCAGAUCAAUCAAAAAAAUAUACAGAUUUAUUACUUAAAUAUGAAAAUAAAUCACGACAAGUUGAUACAAUGCAUAUUUAUAUUCAACAUGGUGGUCGACGUCCAUCAGAUUCAUCAUCAGUAAAUCUAGCAAAAUCUCGUUCAUUUCAAGAUGUUCAUGAUACUUCACCACAAUUUAGAGAAAAAAUGUUAGAUUAUGAUAAAAAACGUCGUGAACAAGAUAAAGAUAAACCAAAACCACCACCAUUACGUCUAACGCCUCCACCAAAACCUAAAAGAAAAGUAUAUGUACCUUCAAUAAAUUUAAAACUAAAACCAAAACCAGAGGUAAAACAACCUUCACCAGAACCACCUCGUGUAAUAUACGAAGAAAAACCACCACUAAUUAAAAUUGCACCAGUAAAAUCUCCAGUUCGUCGAAUAUCGACACCAAGUAGUUAUGAUGAUGAUGACAAUAGUGAAUUUGAAGAAGAUGUUGUAAUUGAACCAGCACAUUUAAAACAUCGAACACCAACACCACCUCCACGUAUUGCACUUCCACCACAAAGACAAAGAACACCUCCUGAACUUAUGCAUAAACCUAUUGGACCACCGCCACCGCCGCCAGUAAAACCAGAAAUAAAACCACCAACACGUGAUUUUGAUUCUAAAUGGUUGAAUAUGUUUGCUAAUGAGAAAAAAGAACAAGACGCUAAAAAUGAUCUUCUAUCGAAAUUAACUACGGAUGAACCACAAGAGAAAAAACCUAAGCCAUCGAUGAUUACGUUUGAACCACCUCCUGCACCAGCACCGACAAAUAAUAAUCCGAAAAAACCACCACCACGUGUAGUAACGAGCGUAUACGAUUUUGAACAAGCUGUACUUAAUUUACACGAUGGAAAACCUGUUACUGCUCAAGCAACAACAACCGCCAAAAGACCAUCUCUUGAUCCAUUUGAAUCUUUAUCUAAUAAUGCGAAUAAUAAACCAACAAAUCGUAUAUAUAAUCCUGAUGAUUUUUUUAAUAAACCCCAAACUAAACCAAAUUCAUUCGAAUCACAUUUUACUCAACCAUCAUCAGAAGCUAAUACUUUACCUACAACAAAACCGAAUUCAAAACAACUUCCGCCACAAAAUGAUAAAUUACAAAGACCAAAAGUAGUAACAAAUAUUCCACGACCCAUACCUAAUAGAACAGUUGUUGAAGAAAUCGAAGAUUUUCUUGUGUGA